GGCUCCAUAAACAAUCAAAGAGUGGAUGCGAUGACACCAGUUUCCGGAAGGACUGUAGUAGUACAGGGAUUUUGAGUCCCAUCAGAGGCCGGCAGCUGAGAGUUCAUUUUGAACUAUCUUAUUUCAAUAUAUCAGCCUCCGUUCAAGUCCCUCUACUCUAAUACAGAGGUUUCCCGGAUCUUGUACAGUCAGAAUGUACAGUGCUGGCGUGAACACCUGGCGUGAACAGAGAUUUUCUUUUCAGUGCUGUCCUUAUCGCAAUCAACACUCUGACAAAGAAGCCCAAACACACUCUUUGACGCUGGAAUAUAUAUACAAUGUCCAACUCCGCGAACUGUAAACGGGCUCUUGAACGUGCUAAAUGUCGCGAAGCACUCUCCCAACAUAUUUGUGAGUGGCAUGGAAUUCAGUUCGGAUGUAACUAAGAUAUGAUAGACAAAAGACUAUCUAUGAAUAUUUUGCCCUCCGAAGUACGAUUGCAACCUUUGCCGAGAGAUGGCUAUUCAUGGCGUUAUAAAGAUGUCAAACACAACCUAUUCGCAAAAUCACUCAGCGAACUUUCGACGAAUACCUAUAUUCAAUUACAGAAAGCGCUUGAAAGAGGCGAAAUCUGGGCUGUAGAAGCAGAUCAGGAGUCUACCUUUAUUUUUAGAGAUGAAGUAGAAAAACUCAAGCAAGACCUACGUCUAUCUCAUAUAAGGCAAGCUGAUCUGGAGAAACACAAUCUAGAGUUGCAGAAAGCGCUACACAACCUAGCGAAAUCAGCUUCCGCUGCGAACACUGUUCUUCUUUGUUAAUGGUCCCAAAGCGGGAACGCUAGCGGGAGGCCGUCUGUCAGGCUAGUAAUUUUCAUUUUACCAGCAGAAAAUAAUACGAAAAGCUUUUCUUUCCCAAAGGAGUACAUACGCAUGGUAUGAUGU